AUGUCAACAACCCAUCCCGCCGAGGAUAUCCCCUCCUCCAGCGCCCCUCCACAACCACAGAACCCCUCAGCCACUUCCACCUCCACCUCCACAUCACCUCCCUCACCACCCUCGCAAUCCCCCUAUCAAGCCUUCCACACAUACCCCUUCGCCAGCGAUGCGGAAUUCAAGCUGGGCCUAGGCAUGAUUCUGGGCAAGCCGGCGGGAACGCCGGCGACGGAUGAGGAGGUUGAUCAGGUACAGAUCGGAGAGGUGGAGGGAGGAGGGGAAGGAAAGAGAGAGAAGGAGGAGUUGCUGUUGAAAGCGAAGUUGUUUUAUUUUGCGAAAAAGUUCCCCACACCAACAGCUUCAACCCCCCUAACACCACAAGGCUACAGAGCCUACCUCCGCCAAUUAAACAACAACCCUCCCACCACCACCACCACCACCACCACCUCCUCCUCCUCCUUUCCCCCCUCCCCCUCCGCCUCUUCUCAACCCUCCUUACCACCCUCCACCUCCACAUCCUCCACCUCCCCGGCCCCUCCCCAACCGCAGCCCCAGACACCCUCCUACCCAACCCCCUUCGCCCACAUCGUCUCCCUAAUAACCAACAACCAGCCCAUCCCCGGCAUCCAGAACAUCCCCGACAUAGUGCUGAUGGGCAUGGAUAAACCGAGUGCUAAGGCGAGGCGGAGGAAGCCGUGGGAGGUAGAGGGGGUGGGUGGUACUUCUGAUCUUGCUACUACUGCUGCUGCUGCUGCUGCUGCGGUGGGUGUGAUUAGUGCAGUCAGUGCAGAUGGGACGGAUGGUACGGUUGAUGAUAGCGCUGGUGAUGACAAGCAAGGAGGCAAAGGCACAGAAGAAGCUGCUGCUGCUGCUGCCGCUGGCGCAAUCAGUCCCGGCAAUGUGCCAGACAAUGCGGGUACUCAGGGCGAUCAUGAAGGUCAGGGCGAGCCGCAGCAACAUCAUCAUCAUCAGCAGCAGUAG